UUGCUGGUCCAGUAGAUGGCGAUGACUUGUGGUGAUGGAUCUUGUGGAGUGUGGUCGGUUUGCGACGGACGGGAUAAUCUCGAAGGAACCACAAAUUUUCAAUGGACACCAACAUUUUCUCGGGAAAAUCUUCGACCUAGAAUUUUCUCUCAGUUAUCCUCUGGUUGGUUUCUCUUUCUACUUUGGCAGUGGACGGAUUCCCUCGACUCUCUUCCUCACUCCGUGGAUUCUGUGUGUUUGUUAUGGUGCGCAUUUUAUGUGAUUUGGCCAAGAGUUCUUGAGAUUUUGACAAUGAACUUGGAAUUUCUUCAUAAAUUUCCAUGGUUCUGGGCCCAAAAAAGCAAUGAUUUGGGUCCAAUCCUUAAAUCUUCUGACGCCAUUGGGGAGCAAGGCCAUCAAAAUACUCGUUUUGAUUUCAGGAUCUGGGGAUUUUCCCUUCUUUCGUUUCUUCCUUGGGAAGAUAAUGCCAAUUCCCGAGAUAUCAUUCUAGCAAAAACUACUAUUAAUAGGAACUUGAAAAGGCAAGUGAAACGUGGUAGACGAACUGCGAACCGUGAUGGAGACGCUCCUUUACGGUUCAAGCCAUAUGUGUGUAAAGUUCCAUGGCAUACUGGUGUAAGAGCGUUUUUUUCUCAGUUGUUUCCGCGUUAUGGACAUUACUGUGGUCCAAAUUGGUCUAGUGGGAAAGACAAUGGGUCUCUCGUUUGGGAUAAACGACCAAUUGAUUGGCUGGAUUUCUGCUGUUAUUGCCAUGAUAUUGGCUAUGACACUCAUAGUCAAGGAGAGUUGUUAAAGGCUGAUAUGGCAUUUCUCGAGUGCUUAGAAAGGCCUAAUAUGGCUACAAAGGGAGAUGCUCAUAUUGCUACUCUUUAUCGAACCAUGUGUAUCUCAGGUCUGAAGAACUUUCUAAUUCCUUAUAGAAGGCACCUGAUUCAGCUUCAGUCUCUCCCUCACCAACCUGCAAUUCAGUUUGGAUGGCUUAGCAAUUUGAAAUGGUUUAGUUGGAACUCGCAAAGAGCUGAGCAAAAGCAUCCCAAAAUGUGAUAGAUACUCAGUAGUUACUUUAUGAGUAAUUUCUCUUCAUCACUAUGUUUUACCUGAGCAUCUCUCAUGUACAUACAUAUAUAUAUAUAUAUACACAAAAUCCCAUUGGCUUAUUGUGUAGCACAUUAGUGUACAUUGGUGAGUUUCGAAUUUCUGGUAACUGCUAGUGUAGGAGCUGUAGGGUUGACAUUUAUGCUACCAUAGGAAUCCUUAUGUAUGGACCAAUGGGAAAGGCUUCUGCUACUAAAUCCUUGCUAGCUAAGUAAGGAUUUCCUAAUGAAAUGAAAAAUGAGAAUCAUGGUGGUAUCCUAUUUGAAUAUUAUUACACCGUGCUACUCCACAAUUGUGCCUUUAGAUGUAUGAAUAUGUGAAUAUUUGCCUCUGUGGACACUUUUUA